AUGGUUUCUCCCACUACUGAUGUUCCCGCACUGAUAAACUCUUUGCAAGGGCUCCGCCUCGCUUCUUAUGUCGACACCGCGAGUUUCGUCAUAUUGGUUUAUGACUACUUGCUCACGUUCGAAGACGAGCUUGUACUGAUAUGGGAUUCAACUUGGUCGCUCGCGAAGGGUUUAUUUCUUGCGACUCGGUAUCUUCCUUUCAUAGACUUGUCCAUAACGACUACACGCCACUUCAAGGCUAGAAUGUCACCUGAAGAAUGUUUACGCAAUUACAGGGCUGGUGGAUUACUCAUUGACGUUGGGAUUUGCGCUGCUGAACUUAUCCUGGUCCUUCGGACAUGGGCAAUAUGGGGCCAGACGAAGAAAAUUACCAUCACACUUCUGAUAUGGAUUUUUGUCAACCUCACUUCCGAUCUUGUGAUCGUUGUCUUAUAUUUCAGUUCCGUAACGUUUACACCGUUACCUGAGGGACUAUCUGGUUGUCUCAUUAGUACAGGCAACUCUCUGCUUGUCGGAACAUGGAUUCUUCUGAUGAUAUUCGAAGCUGGAAUACUAGCCUUGAUGGUAUUGAAGGGCGUACAAAUGUACAGAGGUUCAGUCGACAAACAGCACCGGAAGACGGAACUGUAUAAGGCAGUCUUUAGGAAUGGUGCAAUCUUUUACGUCUAUAUUUUCACACUCUCUGUCGCAAACGUGAUCGUCAUUUCGAGACUUCCUCGAGACUUGUCGACAUUACUCGCAAGCGUUGAGCGUGUCAUGCACGCAAUCCUGACGGAGCGGUUACUGCUUACUCUCCGUAGGAUCGGCCACGAGCAAGAAGAGAAGAAUGACGAUAGUCUUAACUCUAUACAGUUCCAAAAGUUGAAGAAGAGGGCAGUAGACUCGGAAGCUGGGACUAGCACUUUCUUAACGACGAACCCUAACGCGCAAUGGUCUGGUCCGGAACCUUCGACCUCAACUUCGUCAACGUCUACAAGGGCUCCUGCCAAUGUUUGAUCCGUUUAUGUUGUUAUUCAUCACGACUCGUUAUGCUCCGACUUUUCAUAUUCUUAGUGAAUGCACUGUGUACAUAGAUUUUGUGUCUGGAGUCCAGAAUGCACGCCUGUAUUUUUACAUUGACGAU